UUUAAGAAAGGGACUUUGAGAGAAGAUGUUGGAUAUUUCUAGAGGCCUAGUAUUUCUUUGCCUAAUUUUUGGACUAUGGCCUGAUUUAAGUAAACAGGCUUCCCUGAAGGAAGAAGACUACUAUACAGCUGGAGUGGUGGAGUUUCUGACGUCUUCCUUGUCCGAAAACGUAGCCGCCUAUGUGGAUAUAAUUAAUUCUGAGAAUGCCAGUUCUACGGACAUUAUUGUCUUUCCGGAAAGUACUCUCAACGACCACAGUUCCACGACAUUCGUCCCAGAUCCCAAGGAGCUGGUGAAUCCCUGUCUGAGCGAUCCCAAUGCCACUUACUUUGAGGAGUUCCUGGUCACCAUUUCGUGUGCCGCUCGGAAUGCCAACAAGUACGUGGUCAUCAAUCUCACGGAGAAGCAGAAGUGCGAGGAUGUUCCGGAGGACACCAGGCCCUGUGCCUCCAAUGGCCUCAAUGUCUACAACACCAACGCUGUCUUCGAUCGCCAGGGAGUGGUGGUGUCUCGUUACCGGAAGAUUCAUCUUUGGGUUGAGGAGAAAAACACCACAUACCUGCCGGAGCUGAUAACCUUCGAGACGGACUUCGGGGUCAUCUUUGGGCAUUUCAUUUGCUACGACAUCCUCUUCUAUAGCCCGGCUCACCAGCUCAUCCGGGAACAAGGCAUCAAGGACUUUGUUUACCCAACUAUGUGGUUCUCCCAAUUGCCGUUCCAUACAGCUGUUCAGAUCCAGCAGGGAUGGGCUUAUAGCAAUGACGUGAACCUUCUGGCCGCCGGAGCCAGUCUUCCCACCCCAGACGGAAGCACUGGGUCGGGUAUUUACCAUGGAAGGGAUGGCACCUUGGUCAGUGUGAUGCGACAGGACUCUGGCGAGCGGACGAUCUACGUGGCUCAGGUUCCAAAGUACUCCAGCAGUGGUGGAGGCAUUGAGAAGAGGGCCAGGAGGAGUACACCCAGGCAGGUGGCCACCAAUUCCAGGAUAACCUUGACGAGAGACCAACUAGAGGACUACGAAACGGAAGUGAUUGAGUUCGGAGACGGUACUGCCCCCGGGAAUCUCAGCAGGACUCUUUGUCAGGGCAGCUUCUGCUGUCGCUUCAACAUCUCAUGGCGAUUCCUGGAGAGGACCGACGACAAUGCCAGCUUCUACAGCUAUCGGAUUGGAGCCUUCGAUGGUUUGCCGAAAAGGGAUGAGGUGGAAGUCAACUACAUCAGAAAUUGUGGAUUGUUCAGCUGCUCUGGGCCAGGAAUAGAGGAUUGUGGACAGCUAAUUGCUAACUCCGGGGAGUCCCAGAUAGCCUUCACCCAUUUGGAGAUCGGGGUCACCUUUCCGGAGUCUCGGGAGUUUCUGCUGUUUCCUCAGUCUUUAUUGGAUGACCUUCUGCCCCUAGAGCCAAGCCAGUUCGAGUGGUCCCAGGAGAAGGCCUCGGAGGAGAGCUACCAACACGAGGUGAGAUUCACCCUGAAGGACUCCCAGGAGGUGAGCAACCUUCUCAGCUUUACGGUUUAUGGAAAUUACUACGACAACGAGUGUACUUACGGAGUUGGCAGCGAAGAAGAGCAAGAGUCCUGCGGCUACAAGAGUAGUGCCAGUCGAAGGGAUGUCAUCGGGAGUGGGCUGAUCACACUCUUGGUUAUCCUGGCACUAGCUUGAGGAGAGCACUGCCUUUAAGCUCUAUCAUAAAUGUGAAAAGUAUAUACUUUUAAUUGGAAGAACUCUACAGUUUUGUUAACAAGUGUAUGGCAGAUAAUCACUACAGUCGAAAAAAAGAUAGCUGUCAAUUGCAGCUAUACGAUUUUUGAUAGCUUCAUAAGUUGAA